AUGUCCUCACGAUACCCCAAAGCAACACGCCAUUUUUGGUAUAUAUACUACACUCAAGAUACAGUGUCACAAUGUCAUCGCUCUACUCUCCAGCAUCCAUUCUGGCAACCCAGUGCUAUCAAAAACCGCAACAUGGCUUCCUUCAACCGUGAACAGCAUGCUCUUGACGCAGAUUCGACGACCAUGAGACUCUCUUCAAUGUCUAUAUCAACGCCAAGGGCUCGCCAAAACGACAGUCUGAAGCCAAAUCGACGCCCAGUGCAGCAACAACUACGCCCGCACCCCAAAGGCUUCACUCCAGACCUGACGCGCACACAGCCUCGUGGCGCUCUCAAAAGACAACGUCUCUCAGCGGCACCCCUUUUCAAACGCGAGAUCCGCAACUGCAUCAUCACGCCCGGCUCAAAACUCGACCGCUGCACCUUAAUCGACGUCGCCGUCUCAAGCUGCCACCUAACACGCUGCUCAAUCAAAAGCGAAAACCUCACCACCCAACUCCAAAACUGCCUCAUAACCGACUGCAAAAUCUCCGACGUCGAGAUCCACGCCUGCGAGAUACAAUCUACCUUGGGAGAAAAAAUCCACGACGCGACCGAACGACAUUUCGAUUGCGGCCACGAAGUCUACCGACAAGGAGGCGCAUCAACAUUGAAACGCUGCGACAUCACGCAGACGAAAAUUCUGCACGCGCAAGCCAGCCAUUGCAGACUCGCCAACGUCGCGGCAAAAUACCUCCUCGCCACAACCUGUCAAAUCGAGACCUGCCACCUCAUGACCUGCGAAUUUCGAAAACACUGUAUUUCCCUCUCGAAUUCCUGCCAAAUUUCCGAAUCGACAAGUUACAUGAACGACAGACCGGAUAUGGUCGUCACAUCUACGGGAAAUGAUCUCCAACUCCUGAACAAACCCCUCACGCCUCCAACUGCGAACCCAUUGGCUCGCAAAUAUCAAAUGGAUCCACAGAGUACUCUGUAUCCCGCACAGCGGAGAGAGCGAGAGGGGGAUAUUGAUGGUCUUCGAUUGCGGCAGGGACUGUUGCCGCUUGCGGACGGACAGGUGGAGGGGCAGAGACGACAUAUGUUGGAUGAGAGGACGGAGGAAGCAGUUGCUGCUGUACAUGUGAAGGAUUUUCGUGAUGCGCUGCGGAACGGGAGGUUUGUGAGUGCGGAGAUUGUGGAAAGAUGGGAUGUCGUUGGGUUUGAUAGGUCGAGACAUCGAUCUUGUUGGCGGAGGAUGAUGGAUGGGGAUGAGAAUUUUUGA